CCGGCUGUCACGUGACGGCGCGGCCGAGCCAGCGGGCCCGGGGCGGGCGGCGCGGGGCGGCGGCGAGGGACCAUGUCCACCCGGCGCCUCCGCAGUGAGGACUACAACGACUACAGCUCCACGGACGUCACACCGGAGGGGAGCCCGCCCGGCGGCAUGAACGGCUUUGCCCACCCUGAGUCCUACCAGCGUUUUGGGGAGACCAAUGGGACAACGUGGUACCAGACCCUGAUCCAUCUCCUGAAGGGGAAUAUUGGUACGGGGCUGCUGGGGCUGCCUUUGGCUGUGAAGAACGCCGGCAUCCUGCUGGGUCCUCUGAGUCUGCUGGUGAUGGGAGUCGUGGCUGUGCACUGCAUGGGCAUCCUGGUGAAGUGCGCCCAUCACUUCUGCUACAGGUUCCAGAAGCAGUUUGUGGACUAUGGAGGUGCUGUGAUGUAUGGGCUGGAGUCAACUCCCAGCGCGUGGCUGCGGAGACGUGCCGUCUGGGGAAGGCACGUAGUGGGACUUUUCCUGAUCAUCACUCAGUUGGGAUUCUGCUGCGUGUACUUCGUCUUUCUGGCUGACAACCUGAAGCAGGUCGUAUCUACAGCAAAUGGGACCACCAAUGACUGCAGCUUGAACAGGACAGUCAUCAUGACCCCCACCAUGGACUCCCGGCUAUACAUGCUUUCCCUCCUGCCUUUUGUGGUGCUGCUUACCUUCAUCCAGAAUCUCAAGGUCCUGUCCAUCUUCUCCUUGCUAGCCAACGUGGCCAUGCUUGUCAGCCUCGUUGUGAUCUACCAGUACAUCGCCAGGGACAUUCCUGAUGCCAGUGACCUGCCUCUAGCAGCAGCCUGGAAGACCUACCCUCUGUUUUUUGGCACUGCAGUCUUUGCUUUUGAAGGCAUCGGGGUGGUACUGCCUCUGGAAAACAAGAUGAAGAACCCCCGGCAGUUCCCAGUCAUCCUCUAUGUGGGGAUGACCAUUGUCACCGUUUUGUACAUCAGCCUGAGCGUCCUGGGGUACCUGCGCUUCGGGGAGAACAUUCAGGCCAGCAUAACGCUCAACCUGCCCAACUGCUGGCUGUACCAAGCUGUCAAGCUGCUCUUCUCCUUUGGGAUUUUCUUCACGUACGCCGUGCAGUUCUACGUGCCUGCUGAGAUUGUCAUCCCUCCCCUGGUUGCCCGGGUGUCGGAGCGCUGGGGCCUGCUGGUCAACCUGCUUCUCAGGGUGGCCCUGGUCAGCGUGACCUGUGUGCUGGCCAUCCUCAUCCCACGCCUGGACAUCGUCAUCUCGCUGGUGGGCUCCAUCAGCAGCAGCGCCCUGGCUCUCAUCUUCCCCCCGCUGCUGGAGAUUGCCACCUACUAUACGGAAGGCAUGCACCCCCUCGUCAUUGCCAAGGACGUUGUCAUCAGCCUCUUUGGCUUCGUGGGCUUCGCGGUGGGGACGUACGCAGCGCUGGUGGAGCUGGCAGCACCUGUCCCCGCAGUUGUGAACGCCACCAGUGCCGUGGUACAGUGAUGGUCCCCCUGCCCUGCCAGCCCCUCCAGGUGCCAUGCUGGGGGACACAGUCACCGGGCGCUGCUGGUCUCCUGGGAGCGAUCUCUUUCCUCUUGGGAAACAUGGUGGGUUUGGUCUGCGAGGGGACGGGGCUGCCCACCAUCACGGCCACCCAUCUGCAGCAGGGCCCCGUGCUGGGCUCCAGCUGGGGAGGUGGGAUCCAGGCUGGGGCAGUGCCUUCCCUGGGGCUUUUUGGGCAGGUGAUACAGCAAAACAGCCCCCUCGGCACCUCUGUAAAUAGUCACUUUGAGACGUGAGGACUCCUGGGGAUGUAGAUCUUGAUUUUAUUUUCUUUUUUUAAACCCCAACCUUUCUGUAUUUCCUCCAUCCCUUCAGUCAGGGUGGGGAACAGGGACUGCUCUUUUUUGUGCCAGUUUAUUUUUUCUCCCCUCAGCACUUUAUUUUUACAGCAACAGAGAAACCUCAGCUCGGGUUGGAGAGCGCGGAGCUGCCUCCUCACCCCAGCCUUGUGGGGAGAGUGGGCAGAGCCCGAGGUGUGGAGCAUCCCGGGGCCCCCAGCUCUCCCAUGGACAUUGGCUCCUGCCGUGCUCCAGCUGUUUCCAGCUGCCUCAGGGGCUGAGCAGGGCUUGGAGCUGGGCACCAGGCACAGCACCUCCCUGGCCUGGGAGGGUUUGCUGAACCCUGGCCCAUGUUUUUAGUAGUGACAUUUCUUAUUCCCCAUCUAGCGCACAAACCUAAUGCUUUUAGAAGCAUUAGAAAACUGAGGCAUGUGGAGAGCAAAUGGGCUGUGCCAUAACGAGGGUCUGAGCUGGUUGCCUUCGGCUGGGAGCCCUCUCCCUGUGCGGGUUGGGGUGUCCCCAAGGGUCACAAAGUGCUGCCCUCAUGCCGCAAAAAUACAUUGCCUUGUUUACAGUGCCCAAGCUGGCACCGGCACGCUCUGGCUGCAUCUACAAGCCAAUACUGAAUGUCAAAUCACACACAAAGACUCCAUAAUAAUUAUUUUUUUAACCCUUCCUCUCCUGGUCCCACUCCCUCUGCAUCCUCUGCCUCCACCUCACCUGCUCUCUGGUAGGAUGCAGCAUUCUGGUGCUUCUUGUGCUUGUGUUGCUUGUUGUGUUGUGGCUGGAGCAUGCCGGGGGGGGAAGAUCCCUGUUGUGCUGCUGCUUUCCUUCCUCUCAGUGAGCCCACCUUCCUCCCUAGAGAGUUUCCUUGAGUUUCUGCUGGUUGUAUUUUUUUUAAGGUAAGAGAGCAAACGCAUCCUCCAUGGGAUGUCUUUUCGUAGUGGUUCAAAAAGGUUCCGACUGAGCCACCCUGCUGCAACCCCGUCUGGGCUGAACUCCUCCUUGCUAAUGCAGCAUCUCCCAAGCGCCCGCAGCACAGCGGCUUCCUUUGGAGAGCUUUUAUCACUACAUCCCGCCGCAUCCAUGUCUCCACGGGGGCGGGCAAAGGCUGCUGGUGAUGGUGGGAGAGGGCUGUGAAUAUAGCACCAAUGGGCUGUGUUUCCAUCUUUGAUGGAGGAUGAGUGAGACUUGGGGUUAUUUUUGGUGUUUGACCUGCUUCUGGGAGGAGAAAGCUGUGCAGAGUGGUGCCCUUGCAGUCUGCCUCCUCGAUGUGUAGUGUUUGCGUCUUGCACUGUGUGCCCUUUGCUGACUCUGCUUUGGGUGCCCCAUGCUGGCACAUGGAGCCAUGGCCAGGUGCGGGGUCAGUCUGUGCCGUGUCACUGCUCCUUUCCAGCCUCUCACCUGCUCGCUCUGUCUCUUGGGGCUCACCUUGUCUCCUCCAAGUCUGCGCUGGUGAAGGUUUCUGCACGCUCCGGCAUUGCUUGGUCAUGAGCAGUGCAAAGCUUUGAUUCAGAUCCUCCAUCUGGAGGACCCAGGAAGGAUAGAGAGCAAACACCCAGGUCUGGGAGAGGGCUCCAGGGCACACUGCAGAUGGGAAAAGUGCAAUAUUCAUGUCCGUCGCUGUGUACUGACCCCAGUGUGGCUGUUGGGGGUUGGGUUUGAGUGCAGAAUGUCACCCCUGGCAGAGGAAGGUGUGCUGCAAGGAGCAGGGGACGCCUGAUGCUGGCCCCAGCUGUCAGUACCCCAUGAGAAGGCUGGCCACAUCUCGGGGGCCAGCUGUGUGCCAGGGCAUGUCCCCAGCCUGGCACUGAGCAUCAGCGGGUUUGCUGGCAGGGCUGCUAGCAUCAAACUCGCUGCAAUCAGUGGUGAAGACCUCAUUUCCAAGGAGACUGGGAUAUCACAGCAGCAUUAAACAUUUUUUUGCAGUUCUUCACUUUUAUCAGGCUGAGCAGGGGGUGUUCAGAGAUGGGGCCAGGCAUGUCAGUGUGGCACGUGGCAUGAGGGGCUCUGCCCAGCCAGGAGGACCUGACACAGGACCUGAUGGACACAAAGACUUGACACUUGCAUAUCACAGGCUGCUCUAUAACCAAGGAAAUGGUCUGUGUAAAUAUAGAAAUGAUUACUGUACAUGUCUUGUGCCUAUGGAUGUUGUCAGUGUACAGUGUGUGUAGCUGCCCAGUGGAAGAGCUGGUGCUGCACUUGAAUCAUGUAUUUUAAUCAAUAAAUACGAUCUAUUUUUUAUGUGAAAA